AUGCAUAAAUUUGAAUCUUUUGUUCGUACUUUUCAAAAUUAUGACAUAGUACUUUCUGCAGCAAAGCACUACGAUUCCGAAGAGAUCGAAAAUAGUAGAAUGUUGUCCUUUUUGGAGAAUUUUGAAGAGAUUCGGGAUCAUAAUAUAUUGUAUACGAAAGGAGAGCGAUCUUUUGAGUUAGGACCAAACCAUAUAGCAGAUCUGUCGUUCGAGGAGUACAAAAAGUUAAAUGGGUUUCGCAUGCUUUACGGGGAUGCUGGGCGAAGAAAUGCUACGACUUUCAUCCUUCCCUAUAACGUUCAUAUUCCUGAUGAAGUUGACUGGCGUGAACAGGGCUUAGUUACUGAAGUGAAAAACCAGGGAAUGUGUGGCAGUUGUUGGGCGUUUAGUUCGACUGGUGCUCUGGAGGGGCAGCAUAAACGAAAAACUGGCAAACUUGUGUCGCUUUCUGAACAGAAUCUUGUGGACUGUUCAAGAAAGUACGGGAAUAAUGGUUGCAAUGGUGGUCUUAUGGACUUUGCAUUUGAGUAUAUCAAAGAUAACCAUGGGAUUGAUACAGAAGCUUCUUAUCCGUAUAAAGGAGAAGACAUGAAGUGCCACUUCAACAAAAAAACCAUUGGCGCAACUGAUAUGGGGUAUGUUGACAUAGAAGAAGGAAGUGAAGAGAAGUUGAAGGUUGCUGUUGCAACACAAGGGCCUAUAUCAGUAGCCAUCGAUGCUGGACAUAAAAGUUUCCAGUUAUACAAAAAAGGAAUAUAUUACGAACCGGAGUGCAGCAGCGAACAGUUGGAUCAUGGUGUUUUGGUUGUUGGUUAUGGUGCUGAUGAGGAUGGUAAGGAGUACUGGAUUGUAAAGAACAGGUCUAUUUUUUAGAU